GUUUGUCAAUAAAAAUUGGGAUUUUCGUUUGAGAGCAUUAUUUUGAAGAUUUUAUCAACAUUAUGCACUUUUCAAAUGUUAUACUUUGUUUACUAGGAAAAUAAAUAUUCUAUAAUCGAGAUUGACAACUGUUAAUAAUAAAAUGGAUUAUACAAAGAUUAAAUUUGGAGUAGAGCUCAUUGAUGCUGCACUCCAUCAACUUUCCUUUCUACGUGAAGUUGAUCAUUAUCCCGCUCUAUUUGAUGGUCCUGUCGUCACUCAGGCGAUAUUCAGAUAUGAAAAUCUGUGGCUUCCACUGGCUGCGAAACACCCCAAGGAACGCCUGGCAGCUCCUCUGGAUAUUGAGUGGAUCUGGCAUUGUCACAUGCUGUCCCCGUUACUGUAUCAGAAGGACUGCCAUGUACUGGUGGGAUGCAUUAUAGACCACAAGUUGAUGAGCCACAGUGAGCGAAGUCAGGGUCUGGAGAAGGCUCGCAAAUACUGGCAAGAGAUGUAUCCAAACGACCCAUGGCAGAUUGAUUUACAUGGAGAAAAUGUCAACCCAAAGUAUACGUCUACUCCACGGAAAAUAUACUACGAUGUAGCAGCAGCUGUAUCGAGACAGAAAGUUUUCUUCUACCAGGUGUCGUUGCCUCAUUAUGAAGACCACCAUUUUCUGCAGUCAGGGGUGCUUCGUUACAAGAAAUACCUUUACAUGAAAAAGCAGAACCCAGGCCACUUCCUGGUUCCCUGCUAUGACAUUGACUUGGUUUGGCAUUCACACCAGCUGCACCCUCUCAUCUACAAGAAAGAUACGGAAGAUCUGCUUGGAAAGACAUUCAACCAUGAUGAUAGCGUCAACGACCGCAGUCCUGGAUCCAAGCUAGCAACCGCUGAUCUAGAAACAAGGGACGUCUGGAAGAAUACGUUCAAUGAAAGUUUCUCCAUGUACGGGGCAAUGUAUCGAGGUGAUCCUCCAGCAGGCAAACUGUACAAGAUGGGUGCUGAAGAUGUCUUUGCAGUGUCAACUAAACAGGCUACAGUCAUCCUGGAGAAAGUCAAGAUUGAGAAUGUGCCUCAGACAAUGAAACAUUUCCGCUUGAAUGUCUUGACGUCUGCAAAUAACCGAGACGUGCAGAGUGUUGCUUCUUUCAAAAGUCCAAAACAGGAAUGGCAAGGAAAAUCCUUAGCCCAUUUUGUCUUUGACACAAAGCUGGCUAACUGUCUAACAUUUCGCCUGCAAGAGAAAACCGGUUUUGCAUGUUUUGGAAGCAAGGUGAACAUCGGAGAGAACCAGUACCAGUUGAUGCCGAUGGUGGAGACCCAGUCUAGCGGGAGCUUGGACCUGACGGGCAACCUCAGUCUGACCGGUGCUAACCAGACCAAUGGGCUGAAGGUGACCUUCAACGGCUCACUCAGCCAGUCGCGGGUCGGUGCCUGCUUGCUGUUCCUGCAGCCAGGCAUGUACGAAAACUGCGUGAUGCCAGAGACCGUGGAGCAGCUGUGGGGUCCUGUGCCUCUACCACCACUGCAGCCUGGGCUUCAGAACAACUGUGAAGUCGCAUCACACAAAUUUGUCAACCACACGGGGCAGGUGAUGUUCACAUGCCGCAUCAUCCACAGUCUGCCGUUGUUACUGUCGGCGAUCCAUGUGUUCUACCAUGACAAGAUGGCCGCCGUCGCCCACCUCAUUGGAUCAGAUCAGCUUCCUCUUCCUCCACUGGUUAAAAAGGCAGACAAGUGCGUGACCUUGAAUCCUCGGGCAGGUGAAAGAGCUGUCCUAAUUAAAAACAAUGCAGGUGACUGGGGGAUUGUUGUAGGAAGGUGGACUGGUUUCAAACGUGGAAUUCCUGGCAUUAAAGGAACUCGUCAGAAGAAAGGUAAACGCGGUGUUCCCGGCAGCCCAGGCUAUCUGUCCAUCAAGCUGUUCAAGCUGUCGACCCGCAGCUGGCAGGACCUGGGUAUGGUGGGCUACCUGUCGAACUCGUUCAACUUCUCGCUGGAGGCGGUCAACGUGGACCUGAAGAAGGGCACGAUCCAGCUGAACCCCGGCUGUACCGAGAUGGCCGAGAACCUCGCACUCACCUUCUCCGUCGCCCUCCUCCACGUGCUCUGCCAGCCCAGACCCAAAGACUGGAAACCGGGCGACCCUGUUCAGAAGGUGUCGGUGACGCGCGGGAGUCGGGCCGUGGCUGCGUGUCCCUCCAACGACAUGGCUUUCAUCAUGGCCGCUGGCUUCAUCGUCAUGACACCCUCCAACUUCUACAUCCACAACACCUACGGCAUGAACGCAUGCGCCGGCUGUGGUGGCGGUGGGAUGGGCGAUGUUGACGGCAUCGACACUGGGGUGGACGCAGACCCCGGGGGUGACGGAGCAGAUCUCGGGGGUGGUGGGGAAGGAGAUGCGGGUGACGCAGGGGGUGAUGGUGGUGGGGAUGGCGGUGGGGGUGCUUGUGGUGGGUGUGGCGGGUGUGGAGGAUGUGGUGGUGGGUGUGGAGGAGGAGGGGGUGGCUGUGGGGGAGGAGGUGGAGGAUGUGGAGGUGGAGGAUGUGGUGGCGGUUGUGGAGGAGGGUGUGGGGGAGGGUGUGGUGGGUAGAUGAAAGGAAGGCAGAAGUGAAGAGCUUGCUAAUCCAUGAAGUCUGUUUUGUGUUCAAAUCGCAAUUCAACGUGUCUUGACAGAGCAAUGAAGUCGACUGUUAGUUACUUUAACAAAAAUGGUAAUUUAUGGAGACAAUGAUACAUGUAGCUACUUUUAAAACUAUAUGCAAAUAUAAUGUAUUCCUCUUAUUGUUCAGACUUCUCAUGUUGGCUGUAACUCGUGAGAUUUUCACUUGGACCCGUGUAACUAAAUAGGGUGCUUUGCAUUUGUUCAAACUAUAAACAAAUAAACCCCUGCAGUUGCCCCCGGCAAUCGGCAGUGGCGUGGAGAUUGCCGUGGAGUUUUUCAUUCUCCACAGCACCUUUUUGCCUUGGACUAUAUUCCGUUCUGUUUUCGAUUGCAUGUUUGUUUGCUGUGGACAUUUUAUUAAUUGCAGGGGUUGCAAACUGGAAACAUAACAUGCAAUUGAUCUUUUAGGCUCUUUGUUUUAUUUUGGUUUGUUUUUGGUUUUUCACAUUUCAUACAUUAAUUUUUUCAAGUCUUGUCAUGGGAGAAUCGUCAGUGCAGAUUUAUUAAUUAACAAUUGUAUUGAAGUAUUAUUACAACGUACUGCUGUAUAUUUUAUUACAUUACUGAUAUUUAAUGUGCAUUCAUAGCCUUAAUAUAUAAUGUUUAAACACACUGUUGUAUUAUACAGUGGCAUGUCGUAGUUAGUGGACAUAGUGUAACACACUGAUUGUUAUAGUGUAUGUGUUGCUCAAAUACCAUAUUGUAUAAACUUUGGAUGUUUUUUCUUUAUUACCAAUCUGUUAGUUUUAUUCUAUUCAUUUGAUAUUUAGUAUGAUUUUGCAUGAGUUCAAAAACAUGUGACACUUAUGACAUAAAUAUCUGUGUAUUCAUCUUUACAAACAAAAACCAAAUAUGAAAAUAAUGGGGAAAUGGGUCUCUCAUAUUAAUGUGUGUCGUAUUAUGAAUGUUUCUCAGAAAAAUAACUAUGAAGUUACAUUAAUGGUAUACGUUAUGUCGCAUAAAUUAUUGUUUGCCUUUAUUGGCUCAAUGAAACUAUUUUGUACAUGUCACAAGCACAUCACGUUGUAUAUUGUUCAUUGAUAUUCUCAGAGAAACAAUAAGAGAAAUUUGGCAUUGUAGACUAAAUUCCAGUGACUGUUAGCACCAUAAUAGUAUAAAGAUUUAAUGCCGGUAAUACUGUUAACUUAUGACACUGGAUGAUGGUCUUGGUGCAAUCCUACGUUCCUGUUAGUGCUGGUAUGAUCCUGUAAUUUUUUUAUUAGUUUAAUUGUUUAAUUUUGCAUUUGAUACAUUUUUGUUUUUGUUUUGUUUUUGUUUUUUUACAAAAAGGAAUGCAAUAUAUAUUCAGGUUUAUUGUGAUUGAACUAGUGGAGAAUGUUAAAUGCAUAAACGUACAGAGUUGAGCUGUAGGGAAAGUGUUCUCGGGUCCCGCCCACUCCUUGGAGCCACGCCUACUCCUUGUGUCCCUCCCACUCCUUGGAUCCACACCUACUCCUUGUGUCCCGCCCACUCCUUGGAUCCACGCCUACUCCUUGUGUCCCGCCCACUCCUUUGAUCCACGCCUACUCCUUGUGUCCCGCCCACUCCCCAGGUCCCCGGUCACUCCUUGGGUCCCCGGCUACUCCCUGAGUCCCCACCCACUCCUCUGGUUACCCACUCAAUCCUCUGGUUACCCACCCACUCCUUGGGUCCCCACCUACUCCUUGCGUCCCCACCUACUCCUUGUGUCCCGCCAACUCCUUGGAUCUACGCCUACUCCCCCACCAUGGAACCGUGGACUGGCGAUGCCAGAACAUGGAUCCAUGGCGGGCGUGCCUGAACCGUUCUGGAUAGGGGCACGAGAAAAUAGUUCCGAUUCCGAUUCCACGCCUACUCCUCGGGUCCCCGGCUACUCCCUGGGUCCCCACCCACUCCUCUGGUUACCCACCCACUCCUUGGGUCCCUGCCCACUCCUCUGGUUACCCACCCACUCCAUGGGUCCCUGCCCACUCCUCUGGUUACCCACCCACUCCUUGGGUCCCCGCCUACUCCUUGGGUCCCCACCUACUCCUUGGGUCCCCACCCACUCUUUAUGGCAUGCCUACUCCUUGGGUCCCCGCGUUCUUUCCAGUUUAAUGCUCUGAUGUAUGGCAUGGCUGAAUUGAAAUAGUUUAUAAUGCAGUUAAUUUUAAAGAUACUUUGUAUGUUGUUUAAUUUACAGCUGAAAGCACGUUGCAGCCAGGGUGCCAGAUUGUAAUUAAUAUUGUAUUUUGUUGUUAAUUCUGUUGCUGGAAAAUCAAAGGUAUGCAUGUAGCCUUGUCAUGAUUACAUGUGUGCACAAAUACGUAUUUUCAUCAUAUUGAAAUAAUGCUUAGCUAUAAUUUGGAUGUAUUGUUAUUUUGUGACAAGUGAUGGAUGGAAAUAACAUGAAGUUGAGUUUG